CGCUCGGGGCGCGGCCGGUGAGUCAGCGCAGGGGCGGGAGGGGCCGCCCGGCCCUACAAAACCCCGCCCGGGCGGCCGCGGGCCCCACAGCCGCUGCCAGAGCCGCUGCCAGAGCGCCGGAGCCGCUGCAGAGCCGGAGCCGCCCAGCCCCAGCCAGCAUCCUUUCAAGAUGUCUACUGUUCACGAAAUUUUAAGCAAACUCAGCCUGGAAGGGGAUCAUUCUCUCCCACCAAGUGCUUAUGCCACAGUGAAGGCCUACUCCAACUUCGAUGCCGACCGGGACGCGGCGGCGCUGGAGACGGCCAUCAAGACCAAAGGUGUGGACGAGGUGACCAUCAUCAACAUCCUGACCAACCGCAGCAACGAGCAGAGGCAGGACAUUGCUUUUGCCUAUCAGAGGAGAACCAAAAAGGAACUUUCUGCAGCACUCAAGUCUGCUCUGUCAGGUCAUUUGGAGGCAGUGAUCCUGGGCUUGCUGAAGACACCAGCACAGUACGAUGCCUCUGAGUUGAAAGCUGCCAUGAAGGGCCUGGGAACUGAUGAAGACACACUCAUCGAGAUCAUCUGCUCCCGAACAAACCAGGAGCUCAGCGAGAUUAACAGAGUCUACAGGGAAAUGUACAAGACAGAGCUGGAAAAGGACAUCAUAUCAGACACAUCUGGUGACUUCCGCAAGCUCAUGGUUGCCCUGGCCAAGGGCAAAAGGUGUGAAGAUACCUCUGUGAUUGAUUAUGAGCUGAUUGACCAAGAUGCCAGGGACCUCUAUGAUGCUGGUGUGAAGAGAAAGGGAACUGAUGUUCCCAAGUGGAUCAACAUUAUGACUGAAAGAAGUGUCCCCCACCUGCAGAAAGUGUUUGACAGGUACAAGAGCUACAGCCCCUAUGAUAUGUUGGAGAGCAUCAAGAAGGAGGUCAAGGGAGAUUUGGAGAAUGCCUUUCUUAAUCUUGUCCAGUGCAUUCAGAACAAGCAGCUGUAUUUUGCAGACAGACUGUAUGAUUCCAUGAAGGGCAAGGGAACCCGUGACAAGGUGCUGAUCAGGAUCAUGGUCUCCCGCUGCGAGGUUGACAUGCUGAAAAUUAAGAGUGAAUUCAAGAGGAAAUAUGGAAAAUCUCUCUAUUAUUUCAUCCAGCAAGACACAAAGGGGGAUUACCAGAGGGCACUGCUGAACCUGUGUGGUGGAGAGGACUGAAAACGGUGAUGGAAGACACCCAAACCUAGAGACAUGCCAUUUUCCUCUUCAUUUUACUGUAAUGCUAGAAAAACCUGAGUUGCCUAGCUAGCCUUGGCUUGCCCUCGUCCCUGCCAGAGCCGUGCUCCUUGUGCUUCCCCGCUCUGAGCGUGCCCCUCUCAGCCUGGCUCUGCCCAAGGAACCUUCCAGAGAAACGAGGUUACACGUGCUUGUGAAAGGCCCUGCCUCUCUGUGCCAUGUUUCUAAUAAAACAGAAUUUAAAAUGAA